GCAGCCUUUCAGUCGCUCAGCCGCUAUUGCGACACCGGUCACGUGUUAUUAAGGGGCUGUGGUUACGUACCCGGAAGUGGGCGGUUCCUUCCUCGGGAGUCUUGUCUCGUCACCCCUCGACUGUCCUCGCUGCGUCGCUUCGGCCCGCCCGCCCGCUCAGGCGCUUGUGCCGGAGCUCGCGCUCGCGCUGUUCGCCUAUAGCAGGCAAACAUGGCGGCCGCCGCUGCCGCGUCAGAUCGAAGGGAAGCGCGUCUGUUCCGCAGCGGCGAGCAGGCGGAGAUCAUCAAACCGUCCGUGACGGAGCUGAGCAGGGAGGUGCGAACCAACAUCCUGUGUACGGUGGAGGGCUGCGGCAAGAUCCUGCCCAACGGGCCGGCGCUGAACAUGCACCUGGUCAAGUCUCACCGGGUCAAGGACGGCCUGAUCAAUCCCACAGUGAGAAAGGAUAUAAAAGGGUCAAGGAAACUUUACUGUUGUCCUAUCGAAGGCUGUCCAAGAGGACCGAACCGACCAUUCUCCCAGUUCUCCCUGGUUAAACAGCAUUUCAUGAAAAUGCACGCAGAGAGAAAACACAGGUGUGUUAAGUGUAGUAACUGCUACAGCACGGAGUGGGACCUGAAAAGGCAUGCCGAGGAUUGUGGGAAGACGUACCGCUGCACCUGCGGAUGCCCCUACGCCAGUCGGGCAGCCCUUCUGUCUCACGUCUACCGUACGGGCCAUGAGGUUCCACUGGAGCACAGAGAUCCUCCUGUUAAGAAGAGAAAGAUGGAAGGAUCGCUUCGCGCUGCUACGAAAGUCCAACACAACGAGCAGACAUGUCAGACCGUGAUAAUGGAGAAGGAGGUUGUCGUGUCAGUUCCUUCAGCCAACGGGGUUUGCCGUUCAGAUUCGGCAACUCAGAAAGUCAGCCCCACGAAAGGUGCUCCGAAGUUGCUGCUGCCAAAGCCCAAGGUCGCCUUGCUGAAUGUUCCGGUGAUGCAGUUUACGCACCUGCCGGUUCUUCUGUCCUCGACAGACAACAUCCCAGUGAGAUCGGUGGUUUUGUCUUUGAACAAUCAGAGUGCUUUUAUGAGCACCGUUCACCUGCUGCCUCACUCAACAGGAGGUGUGCUUUCCACACUGAACGCAAAGCCUUGCGGGUCCAGGGAGGCCACAGCUUCGCCCAGGAUAGGCCUGGAUCCUGUCAGCAUGGGCGUCCAGGUCAAUUUGGAAAGUAUGGCUUCCAGCCAAAGUACAACAGGUGAUCCUUCACAAAGGGGCAAGAGCACCUCGACCGAUAUUCAGACGGACAUCUCUUUCCUUUCAAAGAGCACUUGGCCAGGUACCGCCGGUGUUCUCGGGGAGUCCUCCGUUUCGUCCUGCUCCCAGACGGAUAUCAGCGUCAGUGCUCAGGUUCAGCUGCCGGUCAGCGUCGAGACUCAGACGUUUCCCUCGCAGUACAAAGUGACUUCUUCCACGGGUGCCCAGACGGAAGCUCUAGGUCAGAUGUGCUUGAAUCCUGGCAAUGUUACCCGGGAAACGCAGACUAGCACUGUUCUAAAUGUUCCUGGGGACAGAGGCCAGAUGGACCAAGCUAUAAUGUGCACUGAUGUUUUCGACAGCGACACCCUCAGCGUUUCAACGCAAACCACCUUCAAGGAGAGAGCCUUCGGUGCGGAUGCUGCUGAGGAGCCUGAGAACGACGGUGCUUCCGGUCUCUAUGAUGAUAAGUCGGCGGGGGUCAUGUGCUUUGCUUCUCAGACCGAUCUGCUCCAGCAGAACACGGUGGCAGACAACCAGACUCAGACUAUGGCAUUAUUCAGUGAUUUGGAGAACAUCCUGUCCCACACAAUGACCGGCAGUGCUCUGGUCAGCCACGGUACGCUGUCAGACACGGUGGUCAGCUGCGAAGGGGGCCUCGCUUCUGUCCAGGAACCCAACAGUAGUAUUGACUUUGACUUUGAGGAGUUUCUCAACGCAGCGCACAUUCAGACUCAAACGGAGGAGAGCGAGUUUGGGACUUUGACUCCUGAGGCACCUUUGGAAUCCCUGGACAUUGAAACUCAGACCGACUUCUUGUUUCUUGACCGUCCGGCACCCAUCGACGGCAACCCUAAGGCUCAGUCCAACUAUCUCGGCUUGGAGAUGUUUGACACCCAGACGCAGACGGACCUCGACUUCCUCUUGGACACUAGUGUUCCCAUUCCCUUUGGGAGCUUCCUCAAACAGUCCAGUUUCUCCAUGAGUACCGAGUCGUCAGACACGGAGACGCAGACGGACGUCCAGGCCCCCUCGUUGACAGGUGUGCAUGACAGCCAAGUCCAGGUGAAGCUGAGCAGCGCGGAAACGCAGACCGUGAGCAGCUCCUUCGAAAGUCUGGGCCACUUGUUUCUGACCAGCAACGAGACUCAGACGGUGAUGGAUGACUUCCUAACGGCCGACCUCGCCUGGAACAUGGAGUCCCACUUCAGCUCCGUUGAGACGCAGACGUGCGACAAGCUCUGUUCCCUCUUUCAGCCUUCAGAGAAGCCCGAUAGCUGAACAUGGGCUGAUGGGGCGUCCGAGUCCUCCUCAAGGGCAGGCUUCUGGUGCCCAGUGAAGAUGUCCUCCAGGGAGGGACGUGUGGUGACAUCACAUAGACUCCUCUGGGGAAAAAGCUUUGCUUGGUGGGAAUGAACCACACUCUCAGCUGACAUUCCACGAUGGUCAUUUCACAUGUUACAUUUCAGGUUUUUUUUUUUUUUUUUUGACUCUC